UCCUCUGCGGACCUUUGGGCCUCUGCGGCCUCCGUUCCCAGCCUGAUUUGAAGGCGGCACAGAAACUACCGCGGAAGAACGCAUCCCUGCUGACCAUGGAGUUCGACUGUGAGGGCGUGAGGCGGCUGCUAGGCAAGUACAAGUUCAGGGAUCUGACUGUAGAGGAGCUGAAGACCGUGAACAUGUCUUUCCCGCACUUCAGAUACUCCAUGGACACCUACGUUUUUAAAGACACUUCCCAGAAAGACCUGCUGAAUUUCACCGGUACGAUUCCUGUGAUGUAUCAGGGUAAGACGUACAACAUACCCAUUCGCUUCUGGAUUUUGGAUUCCCACCCCUUUGCUCCGCCCAUUUGCUUCUUGAAGCCAACUGCAAACAUGGAAAUCUCCGUUGGAAAACAUGUGGAUGCCAAAGGCAGAAUAUACUUGCCCUAUCUCCAAAAUUGGAGCCAUCCCAAAUCUGUCAUUGUUGGAUUAAUUAAGGAAAUGAUCGCCAAGUUUCAAGAGGAGCUUCCUCUCUAUUCUGUGCCAUCGUCCAAUGAAGCACAGCAGGUGGACUUGCUGGCCUAUAUCACAAAAAUCACUGAAGGUGUCUCAGACAUAAAUUCAAGGGGCUGGACAAACCAUGAGAAUAAAAUCUCCAAUAAAAUCACUGUGGUUGGAAGUGGGGAUUUGGGCAUUGCUUGCACGUUGGCGAUUUCAGCAAAGGGCAUUGCGGACAAGCUGCUCCUUUUAGACCUCUCAGAUGGGACUAACCAAGGGACGAUGGACCUUGAUAUCUUCAACCUGCCGAAUGUAGAGAUCAGCAAAGAUCUGUCUGCCUCUGCUCAUUCCAAGGUGGUGAUCUUCACAGCCAACUAUUUGGGUGGUUCUGAUUCCUACCUGCAUGCAGUACAGAGUAAUGUGGACAUGUUCAGAGCUCUCGUUCCAGCUCUGGGACAUUACAGUCAGCACGCUGUCUUGCUUGUUGCCUCUCAACCAGUGGAAGUCAUGAGCUACGUGACGUGGAAGCUGAGCACAUUUCCUGCAGCCAGAGUGAUUGGGAUCGGCUGCAAUCUGGACUCACAGAGAUUACAGUACAUCAUCUCGAACGUUCUGAAGGCACAGACUUCAGGCAAAGAAGUGUGGGUGGUUGGUGAACAGGGAGAAAACAGAGUGUGCUCAUGGAGUGGCCCAGACGGAGAGAUGAGCCCCAGCUCUCAGGCACAGCUGUCUAGCAGAGCCAUGGGACUGCUGAAGGUAAAAGGUCAGAGAUCUUGGUCUGUUGGACUGUCCGUGGCUGACCUGCUGGAUACUAUUAUAAACAAUAAAAAGAAAGUGCAUUCUGUAUCAACUUUAGCAAAGGGAUAUUAUGGUUUAGAUAAUGAAGUCUUUUUAAGUUUGCCGUGCAUCCUGGGAACCAGUGGGGUAUCUGAAGUCCUCAAAACUGCAGCAGAAGACGCAGUGACUGAGACGCUCCAGACCAGCGCAUCCUCGAUCCACAGUCUCCAGCAGCAGCUGAAACUGUGAUUCCCAAGUGCAGUCACCUGGAGAGGGAGCUCACUUCAUUUUGCCAACACACAUUGUUUUGAGAACUUCCACAGCAUACUAUUUAUUCUUAAAAACAGCCGUUAUAGUAAAUGGCUCCUUAGUUAGCUUUAUAAUCUAUAAUCCUCGAGAAGUUAAGAGAGUGGAGAGAGAUCUAAUUUCUUGUGGAAUUUUUGAUAGACCUGUACUGUCGUUUAAAACUGCAGCAGGGACAAGCAUUCAGUUGCAUUCUAUUUCCCUCUAAAUCCCAUGUCCUACACCUAAGGCACAUCUAGCACUUUGGAGAUGUUCUGUAAAGAUUCCUGUCGGACAUUUCUUCUGAGUAUGGUAAGCUGAAGGCAGC